AUGCAUUAAAGAGUACAAACAAAUGAAAGUCCAUAUCACAGAUAAAUUUACAUGCGACCUCGUCUUUAAUCUCAAGACCCAGGUCGAAGGGUCUUGACAGAAAAUGAUACUAAGACUAACAUAUCAAGAAAACUUACAAAAUUCGACUUUGAUUCUGUGCUAACUAUUAGAACAAGUAAGGGGAGCAAAAAGUUUAAGCCAUAACGCUUUGAAGUUAAACCGAUAGUAAAGUAUUUUAGCAUAGUUUAGAAAACUGAAGUAGACUCAGAGUUAGAGACUUAUCAAAGAAUGGUUUUGGCAAAAAUGAAAGAGAAGAAUAUUCUACCAAAACAACGUUCAUUAAGCAAUGCUACUCCAUAAUAAAAGAGUUAGGAUCGUUAUGCUUCCUUGGAUUCACAAAAUAGAAUAAACAAUAAUAAAUAAAAUUAGAAUUAGAAUGUACAUCCUAAGAUUUUGUGGGAUAUGUCAGAAGAAGAAUGGUAAUAAUUUGGGGAUCGAUUUCCUUAACAUUUUGAAAAGAAGAAGCUACUUGGAAGAGGAGGAUUUUCAUUAGUAUGGUUAGGAGAACAUAAAAGAACCAAAGAAAAAUUUGCUAUUAAAUAAAUACUUUCUACAAAUACUCAUUAAUCUCACAUGAAAGAAAUUUGGUUUGGAAUUCAUUUCUUUUAAGAUGGGCAACCAAAAAAGUAAUUUGCCAAUUUUCCAGGUUGCAAAAAUUUAGUUCGCUUUCUAACCUAUGACAUUAAACCUUAAGACACUUGGAUAUUUUAAGAAAUAUGUGGAGAGAGUCUUGGAAAUCAUCUUUAUGAUUUAAAAGGAAAAAAUGUUAAUAAUGAACGCAUGUAUAGGGUAGAUACACUUAAUUCUAUUUUAGUUAACACUUAAACCUCUUUAUAAUACUUUUAGAAAAGAUUUAACAGAGUUUAAAAAACUCAUAAGAGAAUUAGCAUAGGCCUUGGAUUUAAUAUAAGAUUAAAGAAUUGUACAUUCUGAUCUUAAAACAGAAAAUAUACUAAUUAAGAAAAUUAAAAAUGAAAAUGAUUUACAUGAACUAACAUAAAUUAAAUUGAUUGAUUAUGGUAGUAGUUUCCCUUUUGAUGAUUUGAAAUAAUUUUCGAUGGCCACACCAGAGUAAUAUAUUUAUUAUAUUUUAGAUAUAUGUGUCCAGAAAUACUAAACUAUAUAUUAUAUGAAAAUUAAAUGAAUUAUCGUCCUUGUUUAAUGAAAUAUUUAAGAAAUUAUAAGAAACCUUGGGUAAUAGAUGUUUGGUCUCUUGGUUGUGUAAUCCUUGAGAUUAUAUCAGGAAUUCCUCUUUGGAUGAGUCUUAAAACUAUAGUAACCAAAAAUGGAAAGGAAAUUAUUGAUUAUGGAUUAUUUGCUGUUAAAGGUCGAGUUUUUGAUAAAAUUAUAGAUCGUUAAAUGGAAGUUAUUUAAAAUUUAGAUAGUUAUAUUGAUAAAAAUUAUUCUGGUAUAAUAAUAAUUUAAUAAUCAUUUAGGUAUUAAGGUAGAUAAUUAAAUAAGAUUUAUCUUAAAAGAAAUGUUAAAUUUAGAUCCUGAGAAAAGAUUAUCCCCAAAAUAAAUAGUUGAAUAUUUAUCCACAAGAAAAGAUUACCUUAUAACUUAAUGA